AUGGCCGAGCCAGCGCCUAACACCGAUCCGGUGGUCGCCGACGAAAAUUCAAACGAUGAGAAGGCAACGGAUAAACCCUUGAAACCCGCCGAAAACCCUGAAGCGGAAGCCGGCAAAGUCGAGAAGCCUGAAGGCGAAGCAGCCGAUGCUCAGGAAGAAGGCUCUAAUAAUGGAGACGCUAAUGAGGAAGAUCAAAAGCUGGACGAUGACGAGAAAGAAGACCAUGCCGCCUACAUCCCCCGUAAUCCCAGGUAUUACAUGCACGACUCGCGCGUUUCAAGCAGCGAUGAGGAAGCGGGCCGCGAGGAAAAACCGGAGGAGGAGGCUAAUCGAGAAAGCGUAGAAGAGAUUCGCAGAAGCCGCGCCGACGGGAGCUGGAACCACGAUCGCUUUGAUGAGCGCUACCAACGGCCGAAAACUAAGAAGCAAUUGAUGAAACGAUAUGGCUUUGAUAUCAGGCGCGGAGAGAAUGGAGAAAUCAUUGAGGAGGGGAAUGCUGUUGAGGAGAACUCUCAAGACGAGGCGCCAGUCGUAGAACAACGACGGGAACGUGAUGAGCAGCAGCGGCCUGCCCGCGGGGAACCUAGGGCGCGCGGUCGUGGAGCACGCGGUGGAAGCCGGGGACGGGGGCGUGGUGCAUAUCGAAAUGGGCCGGCGCGCACCUCUCAGAAUGAAGGAGAUGAUGAAGCCGAAUAUGAGGAAGGGCCAGAAGCGGAAGUCGUUGAACAACGGCGACACGAGCAGCCGGCAAGAAGAAGGGCGCCACAAGAACGACGACACGAUGAGCACGAGCCGGAACAGCAGCGCGGCGACCAGGGCUAUCGCGGCUCGAAUGGAAGGGCGCGUGGUGGUCGCGGAAGGGGCGGUCGUGGCGGAUUUGUAGCGCAACGCCGAGCCCCUCGGCAGGAAGACGAGGAAUAUUACGAGGAUGAUGAGCCGCAGGAGAAUAAUUAUCGGGAACGUCCACAAUAUCGGAGGUCCUUCCACAACCAAAACUACCGUGGACGUGGCGGUCGCGGAGGUGCGGGUGGAGAAAGAGCGCCACCAGCUCGUCACCAAGACGAUCAGCGAUUCCGCAAUGAUGAUCGUGAUUUCCCGCCACUUUCGAAACCAGCGGCAGCAGCAGCCGAAACUGGGCACAGCUCCCACAACGGAAAUGCGCGUCAAAACGUUCCAGUAUUCGACCGGACCAAGCCGCCGCCAGCGACCGGGGGAAGGGGAGGAGCCCCGAAACGAUAUUCCGCACAACACCAACACCGCGGAGACGAUCAGAACUACGUGCCGCGCCAGCCAACAGCCGUCGUUUAUUUCGACCCAUCAGCUCAGCCCAGACCCCAAGCUCCACCUCCCCAACGCCCCAGAAAGAUUAUCGAAAUCGUGCCACCAAAGCCC